GAAAAAUAAUGACAACCUUCGUCACCACCAAGAUGCACCCUCCUUCGACCUGCUACAAAAAGCUCUAUACUGCGAUGCACUUCACAACAAUGCAACACUGCACAAGGAGUUUGCGGACCAUAGAAGCCGAUAAAUGUAUCAUUUCGACAGCUUCAUGCCCAGAAACUAACUGGGAGCACAUGCGUACAACGUUUUCACAGCAAACUCGAACAAGAAGCGGGGGAAGACUCCGCUGCUCGGCGAAAUACAUACAAGUUUUCGAUUUCAAAAAAUUCCAGUAUUUCAAGUAAACCAUGGUGCUUCUAUAUAAUCCCCAUUCUACCGAAUUCUGUCGCGAUACCCGCCAUUUACUGACGUUGUGGCUAUUGAUUGUUCCAUGCCUUUCUUUUCUUAUUUUACCAAAUACAUAUUUAAAGUGGAGAGGAAUUAUAUAAGAGAAGUAUAAGCAGCAUCGCAGAAUAUCAGAUGACAUUGGCAUAAAAGAAUAUCAUUUACCUGAGAUCCAUCAAUAUUUAUCAUCUUUUCAAGACAAACAGAUAUCAUACACAACAGAUGUGAACCCUCAUUAUAUAAAUCCAUCGUAGAAUUACUGUGGAAUAUUGGCUUUGAACAGAAUUUUUAUACAAAAUGCUCUCCAAUUCACAGACUGGAAUUUGUGUUAUAAUAAUUUGAUAUUGAAAUUAAAGCUGAUUUACAAAGGAAUUUGCAGCAUCUUCAAAUAUUGACAAAAAUCACAGUUGAUAGAAAUAUAGCCGAAGAAAUCGGAAUAAAAUAUAUAAAUAAAGGGAAGAAGAACUUUUAUAUUUAUUGUGGUGAGAGAGAAACAAGAAUGGAAGACGAAUUGUGUGAGAAAAAGAUUAAAUGUGAAGCAGAGUCUAAAAUUAUUGAUUUCCCUGAGGAUAUACAGAAAGAGAAAGGAAAGACAUUCUAUCAGUGUGAUAGCUGUAAUAAAUCAUUCUCUCUAAAGUGUAACUUAACUACUCACAAACGCAUUCAUACAGGAGAGAAACCAUAUCGCUGUGAUAUCUGUGAUAAAUCAUUUUGCCAGAAAGCCCACCUAAUUGGUCACAAACACAUUCAUACAAAAGAUAAGCCAUAUCAGUGUGACAUCUGUGGUAAAUCCUUUCCUCAGAGUUGUAACUUAACUACUCACAUACGUACUCAUACAGGGGAGAAGCCAUAUCACUGUGAUUUCUGUGGUAAAUCAUUCGCUCAUAAAGGCAGCCUAGUUACUCACAAACACAUUCAUACAAAAGAUAAGCCAUAUCAGUGUGACAUCUGUGAUAAAUCAUUUCCUCGGAGUUGUGACUUAACUACUCACAUACGCAUUCAUACAGGAGAGAAGCCAUAUCAUUGUGAUAUCUGUGGUAAAUCAUUCUCUGAAGAUAGUAACCUAACUAAACACAAACGUAUUCAUACAGGUGAAAAGCCAUAUCACUGUGAUAUCUGUGGUAAAUCAUUCUCUGAGAGUUCUAGCUUAUCUAGGCACAAACAUAUUCAUACGGGUGAGAGGCCAUAUCACUGUGACAUCUGUGGUAAGUCGUUUCCUGCAACAAGAAUCCUAAAUAUACACAAACGUGUUCAUACAGGAGAGAAGCCGUACCACUGUGAUAUUUGUGGUAAAUCAUUCCCUGCACCGAGUGUCUUAACUAUACAUAAACGUGUUCAUACAGGAGAGAAACCAUACGAGUGCGAUAUCUGUGGUAAAUCGUUUUCUGUGAAGCAUCACUUAAUGAUUCACAAGCGUAUUCAUACUGAAGAUAAACCAUAUCACUGUGAUGUCUGUGGAGCAUUCUUCUCUCAAAACAGUCGCUUAACUGCUCACAAGUAUAUUCAUACAGGAGAGAAACCAUUUCAAUGUGAUAUCUGCAGUAAAUCAUUCUUUGAAAGUAGUGAAUUAAGUCGUCAUAAACGUACUCAUACUCGAGAAAAGCCAUACUUUGAUAUUAUAUUUACUUUGUGUUACGUUGAUUUCCUUUUGAGGAAAAUAUCAAAUGACAUUGGUAUAAAAGAAUAUUAUUUGCCUGAGAUCCAUCAAUAUUUAUCAUCUUUUAGAGACAAAAAGACGUCAUACACAACAGAUAUAAACCUUCAUCAUCUAAAUCAAUGUGAUAUUGAAAUUAAAGCUGAUUUACAAAGGAUUUUGCAGCAUCUUCAAAUAUUGACAAAAAUCACAGUUGAUAGAAAUAUAGCCAAAGAAAUAGGAAUAAAAUAUAUAAAUAAAGGGAAGAAGAACUUUUAUAUUUAUUGUGGUAAGAGAGAAACAAGAAUGGAAGACGAAUUGUGUGAGAAAAAGAUUAAAUGUGAAGCAGAGUCUGAAAUUAUUGAUUUCCCUGAGGAUAUACAGGAAGAGAAAGGAAAGACAUUCUAUCAGUGUGAUAUCUGUCAGAAGUCAUUCUCUCAAAAGUGUAACUUAACUACUCACAAACGCAUUCAUACAGGAGAGAAACCAUAUCAAUGUGAUAUCUGUAGUAAAUCAUUUUCUCUAAAGCAUCACCUAAUUACACACAAACUUUUUCAUACGGGAGAGAAACCAUUUCACUGUGAAAUCUGUGGUAAAUCAUUCUCUCAGAAAGGUAACCUAGCUAGACAUACACGCUUUCACACAGGAGAGAAACCAUAUCAGUGUGAUGUCUGUGGUAAAUCAUUCUCUCUAAAUAAUCUCUUAGCUACACACAAGCAAAUUCACACUGGAGAAAAACCAUUUCACUGUGUUAUUUGUGGUAAGUCAUUUUCUCAAAGUGGUAACUUAACUACCCACAUACGUACUCAUACCGGAGAAAAGCCAUAUCACUGUGAAAUUUGUGGUGAAUCAUUUUCUCAAAAUGGCAACUUAAUUACUCACAAACACAUUCAUACAAGAGAUAAAAUCUAUAAUUGUGAUAUUUGUGGUAAACUAUUUUCUGGACAUGGUGAGUUAAUGGAGCACAAGCAUAUUCAUAGAGGAGAGAAACCAUUUCAUUGUGAUAUCUGUGGUAAAUCAUUCUCUCUGAAGCAUCACUUAGCUGCACACAACGUCUAUCAUACAGGAAAGAAGCCAUAUCAUUGUGAUAUCUGUGAUAAAUCAUUCUCUCAAAAAGGUUACCUCACUAGACACAGACGCUUUCACACAGGACAGAGACCAUUUCACUGUGAUGUCUGUGGUAAGUCCUUCUCUGCAAAUCAUCACUUAAGUACACACAAACAAAUUCACACAGGAGAAAAACCUUAUCUGUGUGAAAUCUGUGGUAAAUCAUUUCCUCAAAAUGUUAACUUAACAAUUCACAUACGCACACAUACGGGAAAGAAGCCAUAUCACUGUGAUAUCUGUGGUAAAUCAUUUGCUCAGCAAGGCAACUUGAUUACUCACAAACAAUCACACAAGAGAUAAACCACAUCACUGUGUCUGGUAAAUCAUUCUCUCAGCCAUGAAAGUCUCUUAACUAGUCACAAAUGCAUUCAUAAUGGAUGCAAGCUAAAUCUGUGUGAUACCUGUGGAAAAUUCUUUUCUCAAAACAGUCACUCAACUGUCAUAAACAUGUUCAUACAGGAGUAAGUUAACUGAACACAAACUCUUUCAUCAUCAUUGUUCCAUGCUGGCAUAGGUUGGACAGUUUGAUAGGAACUCGUAAAUCAGAGGACCGCAUGAAGUUUAUGUAGGCACAAAAGUCUUCAUACAGGAGCAAAACGAUAUUACUGCAAUAUCUGUGGUGAAGCGUUGUCAUUAUAUUAUCCUUUACCUACAUACAAACUCAAUUGUGGGGCCCAGGAUCUUGAGAUCUGACCUUGUUAUUCUUUGUAAAUAUUCUUAAUUACCUGAAAUUGAAAUAAAUGUGGUUUUGCUCUUAAA